CAAAGUCCAAACACUUUUCAGAAUACAAUGGAGAACAAUGUUUUUAACCUAAUCUCAGAAGAUGAUUUUUAAAUAUAAUAUCUAAUGAGUCCUUACAAGAUUCAAGAUAUAUGUAAAAAUCCUUACAUCUAACGUUUUAUUUUUCAACUCUCAUCUCAAUUUCUGAACAGAGUCAGUAGAUUCUGAAUUAAUAUGUCCUUUCAGACACACUUCAAGAUAUUCCAGCAGAAUUAUGGCAAAGUUUUUAAUCUUCCUACUACUUAUGUUUCUCUUCAAAACUUAUCCAUCACAAGACAUAACAAAUUGGGUCAGAAUUGACUGCGGAUCAGACGGGAGCUACGUCGAUAACGGACUUCUCUGGCAGACAGACGACCGAUUCAUCAAAACAGGCGAAAAUAAACAGAUUUCGCCAGAUAGUCCGACAAAAUUAGACCAAUUGAAGACACUUCGCGUUUUCAAAGAACAGAACAAGAACUGUUAUAGUCUGCCUGCUCCGACAACAGAUAGGUACUUCAUUCGAGCAAUGUUUCAUUAUGGUGAUUAUGAUGGUAACUCGAAUCCACCGAGUUUUGAUCUCGAGUUUGAUGGAAAUAAGUGGAUUACUGUUGAGACUUCUAUGACUGGAGCUGUCUUUCAUGAACUAAUGUACAAGAGCAAAGGCGAAAAUAUUAGUGUGUGUCUGGCACGAACCGAGGAUACGCAGUUUCCUUUCAUUUCCGUGCUCGAAGCUUGGGCUAUGCCGGACGAUUCUUACUCUAUCAUGAGCAAAGAUCGAGCCUGGAUUAUAGGUUAUCGUUAUAAUUAUGGUGGCACUGAUUUGAUUCUUGGGUAUCCUAAUGAUCGAUUAAAUCGCAUUUGGAAGCCGAUAACUCCAUCAGGAUUACUUGCAGUGCAAGCUAAUUUCACAACCCUAGACUACACAGUUGUUAAUGAACCUCCUGAUGAGACAAUAAUUCAAGCUGUUCAGUCUCAACUUCCAACAGAAUCUAUUAUUUUUCCGCCUUUCGAAUUCGACGGAACAAAUCGCCUGUACCAUGUCGAUUUUUAUUUCACAGAAAUAGAUCAAGAUCCUAAUGCUAUUAGGAACAUUUAUUUAUAUGUGAAUGAUGCCCUUGAAUUUACUAUUACCCCACAGUACAAAAACUGCACUGGCUAUAUGAUAAAUACUCAAUCUUUUGGUUCAUUGAUUGUUUCUCUAGUUCCAACUUUAGAAUCCACAUUACCCCCAAUAAUCAGUGCAAUUGAAGUAUAUACAGCGACCGAUCCGCUUGUUGGUGCCGGAACUUCACAGGAUGAUUUGGAUGGUUUAGCAGUUCUCAUCAACUCCUUUGAGCAGCUACAAGGAUGGAGCGGCGAGCCCUGUCUGCCGCGUGAUACUGUAUGGCAAUGGCUGAGCUGCGACGGCUUUGACCCGCCAAGGGUGACUUCAAUAAAUUUGACAGGAUAUGGUCUGAAUGGUCCUCUCCCUGACUUCAGCAAAAUGCAAGAGCUUGAAACAAUAAAUCUGUCAAACAACAGCCUUGAUGGUCCAAUUCCAGUUUUCCUUGGAAAUCUGCCUAAUCUAAAUUUACUUGACCUUCGAGAUAAUGAUUUUUCUGGAGAUGUUCCACGGAGUAUUGCUAACAACAACAAACUCACCUACUACAUAGAUGGAAACAUAAACCUGCAGCAAAGAAAGAAAAAGAACUCAGCACUUAUAGUUGGGUUAGCCGUUGGCAUACCAAUAGGCAUACUACUAGUAAUUGCAGUGAUAAUCAUAAUAUAUGUCUUCAAUUACAAGCAACCGUCGUCGAGCCAAGGGCAAGCACCAGAAACGGAGAUCACAGGCGGCAUUGCAGGCGCAAGUGCACAACUUCAGUCUCAAGAAGAUAGUUCUUCCGCAUUGCCGAUAAGCACAUCAGCAAUGGUCAAGCCAGUACAUCCCACGGAGGAUGAACCAAUCGUUAUAACAGCUGCGGCUCCAAAUGGUUCUUUAGUAAAUCUGUUAAUAAUUCAAGAAAAUGCGUUUUCUGCAGGAGCAGCAAGUGGAGAAGCUAAUGUUUCGGACACUGUCAAUGCUGUCGUUACUAGUCAUCAGCCUGUGUCGCAAGACAUUGACGAGGAAGAGCUCAAGGAGCUGCUUCGACAACAUGGAAGUUCAGGAGCUUAUGGGAGAAUAUAACUUAUAGGAUUCGUUUUUCAAUGAUUAAAAUUAAAGUACUAGACUCAUAUGCCAACUUGAAUACACAUGUUUUACUUUUGAGCAAAUUGAAUAAAAGUUUAAGGCUUAAUCACCAAAAAAACUCACCUUUUAGCCCCUUUUCAGUUGCACCCUGACGUUGCAAUUUUGUCAGUUGCACCCUAAUUCGCACCUUUGGGUUUCAAUUCCACCCUCAAAAUUAAAUUGGACUUUUUUCACUCGGAAAAAAUUCAUAAAAACCCUUAUAAAGUACUCGUUUGAACUCUUUUCCACAUAAAAAGUUAAAAAUGGAUGACUUAUUUUAACUUUUUUCAAAUGAAAAAGAGAUCAAUUUAGUACUUGAGGGUGGAAUUGAAAACCAAAGGUGCGGAUUAGGGUGCAAAUGACAAAAUUGCAACGUCAGGGUGCAUUUGAAAAGGGGCUAAAAAGUGGGGGUUUUUUUGUG